CAAGCCCGUCACCCAGGCAGCCUCUGGCCCACCUGCUCCUCUUGCCCCCGGAUGGAGGGCUCCAAGGAGCUGGAGAGCAGCCUCCUGACACAGCCCUGGGCUUCCGUUUGCCUUAGCGAGUCCACUUUUAUUGCCAAAGUGUGCUUCAGGGAUACUGGCUACAUCCUGCUCAUCUCUGACCUCAGCAGCGUCUGGUACGAGAGUGCAGAUGCCGAGGCUGUGGGACAGAGGUCCAAGGAGCUGAACAAGCGGCUGACAGUCCAGGUGUCCUCCUUCCUACACCACUUACGCAAACUGAUGGGCCCCUUGCUGGCAGGGCAGCCGGAUGCCACCACCUCCUUCUCCUGCCGCCGCACUGCCAGCGGGCUCAGCCUGCACGUGAAGAGCGAGCUCUCAGGACUGCCCUUCUACUGGGACUUCCGCUGCUGCCCUGCUCCUGUGGAGAUGGUGUCCCGCCACCUCGUCAGGCCCUUGAUUCAGAUGAGCCUGGUGCUGCAGUCCCAGGUGCAAAAGCUGACCUCCCUGCUGCUUCAGAAGGAUGCUGAGAUUGAAGACUACAGGGAGAGUGGGGCCACUCUCAGCAGAGAUCGCCUGCGGACGGAGCCCUUCCAGGAGGAGACGUUUCAGCAGCACUUCAUGGUUAAGAGCCUGCCCCAGAUCUGCGGUGCUGGAGAAGGGCAGGCGUUUGCCUCCACUCUGCAGCAGCUCUACAGGACAGUGACAGAGCAGGAGGCCAGGCAGGCUCAGAAACGGCAGCACUCAGAGGAUGCUGAGGACCCGGCACCUCCUGCAGAAACCACAGGGCAUCCCCAUCCACCACCUCCACCCCAGGAAGAUGAAACAGCAUCUUCCAGUGAGGGAAUCACACCAACCUCCUCCCCAGCUCAGAAGCCCCGGUUGCCUGCAGCCAAGACCAAGCCAAAGAAGGCGAAAGGGCUCUUCAGCUGAAGCAUCACUGCCACCCAGCCUGAGGGUCUCCGCUCCCCCCAGCAUCCAAGAGAGGCAGUGCAGAGCACCCAUGGGUGCUUUGCGUCUCCUGCACCACCUGGCAGGCCCUGCCCAGCUCACUGUUCCCUCCCGAGGUGUCUCCAGCCAGGGAGAUGGGGCAUCGUCUUUCUUCAGCCAUGU